CAGUUCCUGAUUGAGGGUCAAACAUGGCGCUGUCCAUGGUCUGGGUAAUCCUGUGUUUUGAGAGGAUAUGUUCUCAAGAGUGCCGUCUCUUUCUGUGAUUCUUGGCUAAUUGUGUACAAAAGCAAAUGCGGAGUGAGACAUUAGCUAGGUCGUUAGUCGGUUGAUUGUGUUCGUUCUUUUUCCUCAGUGAAAGAAAUUUGAUUCCGUGUCCACUUCUGCUGCUCGUUCAAGUGAUCAUGUCGGGGACAAAUGUGUGGACUCGCAGUCGUGAGAGGAUGAGACGGUUCCCAGACCUGUUUUCUCAGUGUGCUGUUGAGGCAGCUGCUUAUGGGAAGUGUGUGACCGCUACCACUACAGGCAGACAGGACCUGAGAAAGGACCUGUGUGUGAAAGAGUUUGAUGUGCUAAAGACAUGCUUUAUUACAGCAGCCAAGAAGGGCACGAAGUAGACGAUUUUCCCAAUGUCUCUGCGGGACAUAGGAGAUUGUAUCUUCAACAUAACGAGGGGUGUGUUCAUUAGGCUGAAGAAAACAGAGAUCAAUCUGAAUUUGUCCAAAUAAAUGUUAAAAUGUU